UACACGGUCUUCCUUCCACUUCAACAAUCCCAUUACCUUACCUAGUCUUCAAAAUUCUAGUCAAGCAAGCAUUCCAAACCCAAACAAAGGUUCAUUCAUGAACCAAUGAACCUUCCUCAUCAAUUUUAACCCUUCCCAUAUAAAUCUCCACUUCCAAACCCAAACACAAAACCAAAUAAUUUUUUCUCCAAUUCCAAAAGGCUCUCUCUUCCAAACCCAAGGCUUCAUAGCUUUGUAAAAAAGGACUAAUAUUUUUCACAACUGACAAGGGAAAUGCAAACCAAGCAAUUUUCAGAGCUUCCACCAAAGGCAUCAAUUUCAGGGCACAAGAUGGGUGAGGGUCACAACGGCGGUUACUUGCCGAUGUCUCAUCGGUUUAGACCGGCCUGCAAGUGCUCAAACCGGCCCGGUUCGGUCCGGUGUGCACGCCACGGGUAUGUGGUGCCAGGGGAGAGGAUGAAGAAGCGUGUGGCGAGUAAAGAGAUUUUAAGAAGGGCACUGACACCACCACCACGGCGUUUAGCCCUUAGAUGGUUGAAUUUCAAGCCAACUCCAAGCAGGCUCUCUAAUAUGUCCAUGGCUUGAUUUUUUUCUUCUUUUUUUUUUUUUUUUUUUUUACUUUUUCAUUGGAUGUGUGUACAAUUGAGUUUAGCAAUCCAAUCAAACUAGAUGAUUCUAUACAUGACUAUUGACUAUAUAUUCAAUUAUUCACAUGAUACAGUUCCA